AUGGAUCAGUUUGUGAACAACCCUAACCCCAUCCCUUCCAAGCAGAAGCUCUUCCAGACGGCUUCCAAGGACAUUCUGUCGAUGCGCCUGCCUGGUGACAAGGCCAAGUACCGCCUUGCCAUGCUCACCACCACGGCCGUCAUGGUCAGCGUUGUUGGCGGCGUGUUCUGCCUCGCCACCAACACUGGCAAGAAGGUUCGCUCCGCCUAA